GUGGUGGAUUGUUGUCAUGUUUCAAUGGGAGUGGGUUUUCUGGGAUGGUGAAUGGUUUUGGUGUCUCUGAUUCAGUGAAUCAGCAGCAAAAUGUAGUGAAGAUUGAGAAUCAAGAACAGAAGGGGGGUUUUCAUGGUGUUAGGGCUUCAAGCAAUGAGUCUGGUGAGGCUGAGUUCAGUGGAGGUGGUCAAGAGGAGAUUCAUGGUUCAGGGAGUGCAGCUGGUGAUUCUUCUUCCAAAGAAGUUGGUUUCAAGAAGAGGAAAAGAUCCAAUCAGGAUGAGAUUGAAUUGGAGAAAACACACAGUUGCCCUCAAUUGUGUGUCGAAACAACAAAAGAGAACGACGAAAUCAAAGGGAAGGGUCUGCAGAACACUGCAAGCAUUUCUCCAGCAAAACAAGUAGGGAAACAAGCUAAAGAUAACUCUGAUUCACCAAAAGAGGAUUACAUUCAUGUCAGAGCACGGCGCGGCCAAGCCACAAAUAGCCAUAGCCUUGCAGAAAGAGUGAGAAGAGAGAAGAUAAGUGAAAGGAUGAAACUUCUUCAAGAUCUUGUCCCUGGUUGCAGUAAAGUCACCGGAAAGGCGGUAAUGCUAGAUGAGAUCAUCAAUUAUGUUCAAUCACUACAACGGCAAGUCGAAUUUCUGUCGAUGAAGCUUGCUGCUGUUAAUCCAAGGCUGGAUUUCAACAUUGAAGGGAUUCUGGCCAAAGAUCUGCUUCAAUUCCAAGGUGGCUUUUCAGCAGAAAUGAUUCAUCCUCAGUAUCAUCCAUCUCAACAAGGAUUUAUCCAAGCUGGAAUUCCUGCAAUGGUUAACCCUCCUGAUGCACUUAGAAAAGCAUUAAACAGUCAAUUGAGCACGAUGAAUCUAUACAAGGAGCCAACAACUCAGGUGCCAAACACAUGGGAUGAGGAGCUCCGCAAUGUUGUCCAGAUGACAUUCAGUGCUAAUCCCACUAUUGCUGAAAAACCUCGAGACGGUUUUCCUAUAUAAGCCCGUGUUCCCGAAGAUCCAACCUGAUGCUUGUAUAGCAAAUUUACAAGUUCAGUUGCAACUUUUCUGAUGAAAUUCACUGAAAAUUCUGAAAAAGAUUUCAUCCAUUGGUCCUGCAUUUACAGUUAAAAAUCUUUUGUUCUAAUGGAUGUAUCAGUAUUCCCAUUCC